AUGUUUGGUACAACAACUCUAGUGAGCAGGUCAUUCCUAACAAUUUUGAUAUUAUUGACAUUAUAUUUCCUUGGAAUGGACCUUUUGUUGUAUUCUAGAAUACAAAAUUAUGAUGUAAGACCUACAUUAAAUGGUACACCAUAUAUUUCAAUCAUACCUUGUGAUUUUAAUCCAUUAUGUACAGUGACUGUAAAAGGAUUAAUGCUUGAUCAUCCAAAUCAUUUUCUUCUGAGCCCUCUUGCAGCUAUCAUGGAUGAUUUAUUGCAAAUAAGUAGCUCUUGGAUAUGGGUGACACCAAAUGCAAUCAGUUGUUUCCAUAUAUUCAUAGCAGUGGCAGCUGGUAAAUGUGUAUCAAGUGAUUCGUUAUCUUAUAGACGCUUAGGUGUAAUAGUUUUUCAAGCAAGAACAUGGUUGGAUGAUUUAGAUGGACAUGUUGCUAGAAAAAGAGCAAAGAUUAAUGGUGAACGAUCAGAUAUUGGUUCUACUGGUUAUAUUAUUGAUGGUAUCUGUGAUGGUUUGGGUUGUAUUGCUUUUAUUAUUGGCCUAUAUCAAUUUCUUGCCCGUAACUCAAGUAGACGUGGAGGUUAUGAUAAGCUGCCUCAACUUCCUGUAUCUUCAGUUCUGGAAUCUGGAAAUGUAACAUUGAAAACAUCAAAUGCAGCAUUUCGUAAUAUAUUACUUAUGACCGUCCAUUUGUUCCUCACCAGUGCCGCCUGGAAUCGAUAUAUAUCUUUAUACCAGGAUCUUCUUGAGACUGAUUAUAGAACACCAUCAAUUAGUAAAGAACAUCUUUAUGAUAGACAAACAACUAUAUUCAGAAGUUCAUCUUUUUCAAUAAUAGCUUUUUGCUGGAAAUUUCUAAAUUUCCAUGCUGUCAUGGAUUAUCUGCUUUUGGCAAUAUUUUUUGAUCGUAUGCGAGAAUAUAUUAGGCUUGUAAGAUGGUCUCCAUUUGUUAUUGUAUUAUUACUUGUUUAUAUAACUGAAUUUCAUUUUUUACGGGCCUAUACAUAUAUACAAGAAGUACCAUCAUUAAUUGAGUAUCUUCUCGAAGCAGGAUGGUGUUCAGAUGGAAAAAUAAUUGGCAUCACGGAACCAAGGAGAGUUGCAGCUACUUCUUUAGCUAAUCGUGUUGCUGAUGAACGCAAUUGUAUUUUAGGCACAGAAGUUGGUUAUUCUAUACGUUUCGACAAUUAUACGGACGAAACAACAAAAAUCAAGUACAUGACAGAAGGAAUUCUACUUCGAGAAUUAAUGAGCGAUCCUUUGCUGACAAGUUACUCCGUAAUUGUAGUAGAUGAAGUACAUGAAAGAACUCUUCUUACUGAUAUUAUUAUGGGACUUUUGAAAAAAAUAAUUCGGAAACGAAGAAGUUUGCGAAUUGUUGUUUGUUCUGCUACGGUUGAUGCAGAACAACUUCGAGAUUUUUUCAAUACAAAUACAACAAAAGAUUCAACGAAAGAUACCGCGGUUAUACUUACUAUUGAAGGUAGAUUAUAUCCAGUAGAUAUUUUUUUUAUAAAAGAACCAGUGGCUAAUUAUGUGACUAGUGUCAUAGAUACUGUCAUGAAAAUUCAUGAAAACGAAGAACCUGGUGAUAUUUUAGCAUUUCUUACAGGUUUAGAUGAAGUAGACCGAGCAGUUUCUCUUUUAUUAGAGCAUGCAAAACUUAUAAAAGAAGGAAAAUUGAAACUUUUACCUCUAGCUAUGUAUGGAUCUCUUCCGAACUCAGAACAACUGAAAGUAUUUUGGAGAGCUGCCAAAGACACUCGUAAAGUUAUCAUUGCGACGAAUAUCGCAGAAACAUCAAUUACUAUUCCAAAUAUAAUUUAUGUUAUUGAUUGUGGCUUUGUAAAAAUUCCAUGGUACGAGACAGAAACUCAGACAAAUUCUCUUAUAAUUGUUCCGAUAUCUAAAGCCUCCGCAGAUCAACGUGCUGGUCGAGCAGGUCGUAUUCGAACAGGAAAAGCUUAUAGAUUGUACACAGAAAAAGCAUAUUCGGAACUAUUUGAAACAACACCACCAGAAAUGCAACGUUCGGAUUUAGCACCUGCUAUCUUACAACUAAAAGCAUUGGGAAUUGAUAAUGUAUUAAGAUUUAACUUUCCUUCUGCUCCACCAAGUAAAAAUCUUCUUACUGGACUGGAAUUACUUUAUGCAUUAGGAGCAAUUGAUAGUAAUGGAGAAUUAACAACACCAUUAGGUAUAACAAUGGCAGAAAUGCCAUUAGAACCCGUUUUAGCAAAAUCUCUUAUAGUAUCAGGUGAAAUGGGAUGUUCCGAAGAAAUAUCAACGAUUUUAGCUAUGCUUCAAGUACAAAAUGUUUUCAUAAGACCAGCAGGUGGCCAAGCUGCUAUAAAAGCAAGAAUAGCACAAAGAAAAUUUGAAGUUGAAGAGGGAGAUUUAUUAACGUUACUUAAUGUAUAUAUUGCAUAUGAAAAAAAUAAAACAAGUAGUUGGUGUCAAAAACAGUUUCUUAAUAAUAAAGCGUUGCGCAGAGCUAUGGAAAUUCGAACGCAAAUGCAUUCUAUGAUGAAAAAAUUAAAUAUACCAUUGGUUUCAUGUAAUCGAAAUGUACAACAAAUUUUAAAAUGUAUAACCGCUGGACUUUUUUCGAAAGUAGCUUAUUUACAUUAUACUGGAACGUAUAAAACAAUUCGUGGAAAUAAAGAUUUAUAUAUACAUCCAAAUAGUUGUUUAUAUACACUUCAACAACCACAAUGGUUAUUAUUCUAUGAAGUUUUACAAACAAAUAAAACAUAUAUGAAGGAUAUAACUGUGAUCCAACCAGAAUGGUUAUUAGAAUUAGCGCCUCAUUUUUAUGAAAAAACAUCUCUUGAUCCUAUUUAAUAUAAUUUUUAUAUAUUCUCACAACAAUAUAUUAAAUAAUUUAUUAAGAAAACAAA